AUGAUUGGAGAGAGCGUGGGGGUCUCCAGUAUCAGCGAAGACGUGGCCACAACCAUAGCUGAAGACGUCGAGUACAGGCUGAAAGAAGUCGUGCAGGACGGGCUCAAGUUCAUGCGACACUCGAAGCGUCACCGAAUGAAGUGCUCGGACUUGGGCUGCGCGAUGAGAGCCAAGAACAUUGAGCCUCUCUAUGGGUUCGAUUCCGCCGAGCACUGCCCCUUUAAACACACCACGGGCGGCAGCAAAGAGUAUUUCUACCCAGACGACAAGGAAUUCGAGCUAGCGGAUCUAAUUAGCGCCCCCAUGCCCGCUCUUCCAGUGGACGCCACUCUACGUGCUCACUGGCUCGCAGUAGACGGUGUUCAGCCAUCCAUACCUGAAAAUCCAGCUCCCUCCACUCUGGAAGACCAGAAGAAAAAGGCUCUGGGUAACGACCGUGCCCAGCCGAGUGAUGGUCUGCUUCACACCAAGGACGUACGAUUCGACAAGAAGAGCAAAAAGAGCUCCAAAGAAGAAGUGUCUAGCGGAACAGAAUGGUCAAAACUCAAGCCUCUCCAGGCCCACGCCCUCUCUUUGGAGCAACAGCUCUACUACAAGGAGAUAUCCGAUGCGUGUGUCGGUAUCUCAGACACAAAGAGGAUUGAGUCCCUUGCUAGUCUCUCCAGUGAUCCUGGACUCUACCAACUCCUGCCACAGUUCUCUAGUUUCAUCACCGAAGGAAUCCGAGUGGGCAUGUCGCAGAGAAAGCUCCAGACCCUAAAGUUUCUUCUAAAGAUGGUUAAGGCUCUGUUUGACAACCCUACGCUGUCCCUCGAUCGAUGUCUGCACGAGUUGGUCCCUGCAAUUACCUCGUGUAUGAUCAACAGGCAAGUGUGUGCGAGACCAGAGUCAGAAGAUCACUGGUACCUUCGCGACCAGGCCGCCAAAAUCCUCGCCGAGAUGUGCAAGAAACACAACAAUAGCGCAAACUGUCUACAGUCGAGGGUGACACGAGUGCUCUUGCAGGCUCUGAACAACAACACGCAGGGACUGGCAGUUCACUACGGCGCACUGGCUGGGUUGAUUGAACUGGGGCAAGAAUGCAUCACCAGCCUCGUUCUACCGCAACUGAAGAAAGAAUCGCAGUACGUCGAUGCUGCAACACCCAGUCGCUCAACCGAACACCAAGCAGCGACGAAAAUCACUCAACUGCUGCAGCGCUGCGUUGCACCUGUUAUACUGUCCGUGCAGCCGUCUCUAGACAUGCUACAGGCAUACCAGGAGCAAUACGGGAGUCUCGGGCUCCCGCUGUAUAACCAGGUGAAGAACCUGAAGCACGCUCGGGCGGGAAUACCCUUGCAGGGCGUGGCCGCUCGUCUCCAGAGCCCCACCCUCAAAUCACCUACCGUCACCUCAGUAGGUCAGCUGAAGACGAAACCAGCUCCCCUUACUCUUACGUCGCCUCAGGUGUCGGCUAUUAAAAUAUCGGGGAAGACAACUCCGAGAGCGCAGUCACCAAUUUCAGCCAUUUCUUCGCCGACUCUUGCGGCGGCUCUGAGGUUUGUGUCGGUGUCCAGUAGCUCGCAGUUGGCUAGUCCAACCGCCCUCUCGCCGAGCACAACGCCAAUAUCAAUGUCCCUCCUCUCUGCUGUUAUCAAUAACCCUGCCAUUGUUAGCCAGCUCUCCAGCGCACUCUCACAGACUAACACGACAGCCAGUUCUGGCUCCGCACAGGAUAGUAAAACUCCCACAACUUCAUCAUGA